GGCUCAAUUGCUUCCUUUGCCUGGUACGUUUCGGCUUUCUCUUUACUUCCGUGGUCAAACUGGUACUGACAGCGAACAGUGACCAACCACCCCGUUGCAACUCAAGGUUAUGCAAACACAACUGGUGCGCCUCUGCAAGGGUACAUUUAUGAUUCCACCGGACAAGUAGCACCCCCGGGAGCUAAGCCAAGAGUCACGGCCACGUUGUGGGAAGAUGAAGGCAGUCUUUGCUACCAGGUUGAAUCCAAGGGCGUCUGCGUUGCUCGACGAGAAGGUGAGGAUUUCUGUGUGUUGUGUUGGCUUUGGAGCGCUUUCGCUAAUUAACUUUUCGCAGACAACCACAUGAUCAACGGAACUAAGCUGCUUAACGUUGCAGGAAUGACUCGAGGUCGUCGAGACGGCAUUCUUAAAAGCGAGAAGAUUCGCCAUGUCGUGAAAAUCGGACCUAUGCAUUUGAAGGGCGUGUGGAUUCCUUUUGAGCGUGCUUUGGAAUUCGCCAACAAGGAAAAGAUCACAGAUCUUCUGUAUCCCCUGUUCGUCCACAACAUUGGUGGUCUUCUGUACCAUCCCACCAACCAGACCCGUACGAAUAUGGUGGUGCAGGAGUCGCAGCAGCGACGGUUAGAAGGCCCGCAAGCAGCUCGCGCAUCACAAGGCCCUCAACCCCCUCCGCUGCACCAUCACCACUCCUUGCAAACCCCCGUUCCCUCGCACAUGCCGCAGCCUUCCACAAUUGGCUCCCAGGGCCGACCAGGGUUGGAGCGGGCGCCCGGCUUCCCUACACCCCCAGCCAGCGCCUCAAGCCUGAUGGGUAUUACGAACCAGGGCCACUCCUACGAGUGGGGAAACCAGGGUAUGAACUCGGGAGUGCCACACUCACAACCUUUGUCAAUAGAUACCACCUUGAGCAAUGCUCGGUCGAUGCCGACCACGCCGGCGACCACUCCUCCGGGAAGUGGCCUGCAAGGGAUGCAGUCAUACCAGGCUCAGUCCGGGUACGAUAGCUCGAAGCCCUACUACUCGACCGCCCCUGCGUCUCAUGCCCACUACACCUCGCAGCAGCCCUUGAGCCAGCCGACUAUGGCCUCGUACGGUCACGGCAUGCAGCCUAACAGCUAUAUUAAGAACGAAAUGGGCCCUCCCUCCGCACGGACUCCUGGCGCGCCUCAGGAAGCCGAGACGGGCGAGGUGAAGUCCGAGCGCUAUUCUCAGACCAAUGGUCAUGUUGGCAAUGGGGUACCUGAGCAUGUCCCUGAGCACGAGUCCGAAUAUGUGCAGCAUGACAAUGGUUACAACACUAGCCGGGGCUCCUACACGUACACCACCAACCCAUCUGUUGGCAGUUUGACGGGAGAUCACUCACAAUUGGCUCCCGACGUGACGGGAUCUCCUUCGCAACAGAACGGUUCUGGACGAAUGACUCCUCGGACAAGCGGCGGCCCACCCCCACAGUGGGCUUCUGGCUACAACACCCCUCCUCGCGCCGCAGCCACCAGUAGUCUCUACAACAUUGUCAGCGACACCCGCGGCACUCCGGCCAACGGGACAACCUCCGACAACUACUCGGUGGCGUCAAACUCCGCGUCUGGAUACUCGACGGGAAUGAACGGGUCUCUCGGCUCAGGCAAGCGCAUGCGAGAGGAUGACGAUGUGGACCGAAUCGUUCGACCCGACAGCCGCGAUGCGGACUACGGCUCCAAGCGUCGUAAGACCUUGACAGAAGUUGGUGGUCCCGUUGGAGUACCUCUUCCAUUGCAACCUAUGAAAGCCGGCGGCGUCAUGUCUCGUCGGCAAUGAUCCAUCGGGUUACAGCAAAAAAAAUUCAAAUUCAACGAAAAUAGACGCCAAAAGUUUUACCAAUGAUUGAAUGGGCCCGAAGAAAAAUACAACACCAAAUACUCAAAUUGGGGACAAAAAAGAAAAGAAGGCCCAUUCGACAAUCAAUUUGGAGCGGCAUCCUGUCACGGCUUGGCUCUUUUUUGGAGCGCGUGAUCGAUUUCCCUUGUGUUUCUAACGUUAUUGCAAUAGACUGCGCCAUUACAUAGUCGAGGGCCUGCAACAUGUCCAUCGUGGGGAAGGUGGUUCAUGAGCCGCAGCGUAUCUCUGAUGUGGUGCUCUUUUUUCUUUUAUGAUUUCCUUUCGUUUGUUUCUUUUUCCGGCGUGUUUUGAUCUAAUGAUUGAGAGUUAGACAGGGACCAAACAUCGACAUUGUUCAAUCGGUGUGGAUGUUUGCAUGGGUCCCAUGGAGAAUCGGGUCUACGAUCGUUAUAAUAUUGCGUGGCUUCUACUCCCCCUUGGCCAGCCUCAUGGAAGAAGCUGAGCUGACGCGGGGGAAGGGUAUGGUUAUUUUUUGGGGCUUUGUUUGUUGCUGCAAGCGGUGGAAAUAUGAGCCGCUCUGCUUUUGUCCAUGGAUUGAGGGAUGGUCAGCGUUAUGGUGCUUGUCUUUGGUCAUCUUGUGGUAUGUGCGUUUUGCGAGAGGCUAUAUUUAACGACCAUGAUGUGACGAAUUUCCUAUUACGAGAGUUUAUCCUUAUUCUUUAUAUCGUUGUGGCUUAUUCUCUCCAUUCAUGCAUCGAGGGUUUUGUGUGUUUCCUUCGCUUUAUGUUUUCUUUCUAUCUCUUGUGUAUGGGCAUUCUAUCUGCUUCCCCCUUUACCAAAGAUAUUAUUGGGUGAUUAUGACAGUUC